AUGACUUUCUCAGCGACGGGCGCCAAGUCGCAGCGGCGCUCCGAUUCUCAGCGACGGGCGCCAAGUCGCAGCACUCGGCAGCUCCAGAGGAGAGCAAAGGCACCGCACCCGCCGCGCAACGCCUGCCCGCCGCCUCCGGCCGCCGGGCUCACCCUCCCGCCCCGGCUCCCCCUCCUGCUGCGGCCGCCACCGCUGCUGCUGGCGGCCCCCCCGGACAGAGCGUGCCUGCGGGCCGUGCUGGCGGACUCGCGCUUCUUCUUGGUGUGCAUGUGCUUCCUGACCUUCAUCCAGUCCCUCAUGGUCUCCGGCUACCUGAGCAGCGUCAUCACCACCAUCGAACGGAGAUACAGCCUCAAGAGCUCGGAGUCGGGGCUGCUGGUCAGCUGCUUCGACAUCGGGAGCCUGGUGGUGGUGGUCUUCAUCAGCUACUUUGGGGGGCGCGGACGGAGGCCGCUCUGGCUGGCUGUAGGGGGUUUUUUCAUCGCCCUGGGGGCUGCGCUCUUCUCCUUACCUCAUUUCAUCUCUCCGCCGUACCAGAUCCAGGAAUUGAACUCCUCCGUCAGUAACGAGGGCUUGUGCGUGACUGGCAAUGGCACCGCCAAAGAGCAGUGGGAGUCGCCGGCCUGUGUCAAGGACUCCGGCGGAAACGACCACUCUCUCUAUGUAGCUUUAUUCAUUUGUGCCCAAAUCCUCAUUGGCAUGGGCUCGACACCCAUCUAUACCUUGGGACCAACCUACCUAGAUGACAAUGUCAAGAAAGAAAACGCCUCGCUUUACCUAGCCAUUAUGUACGUAAUGGGAGCACUCGGUCCUGCAGCUGGAUACUUGCUAGGAGGACUUCUUAUUGGUUUCUAUGUUGAUCCUAGGACAACCGUUUAUAUUGACCAGAGUGAUCCCCGAUUCAUUGGAAACUGGUGGAGCGGAUUUCUCCUUUGUGCCAUUGCAAUGCUCCUUGUGAUAUUUCCCAUGUUUACCUUUCCUAAAAAGCUCCCUCCUCGACAUAAAAAAAAGAAAAAGAAAAAGAAGAUGACCUCUGAUGAUGUUUCAAGUGAUGAUGAAGUCAUGAAGGAGAAAACAAAUAGUAAAAUACAAGCAGACAGUGCAGUUCCUGCCUCUAUGGGAUUUGGAAAGAAUGUUAAAGAGCUUCCAAGAGCAGCUGUCAGGAUCUUAAGCAACAUGACAUUCCUUUUUGUGAGUUUGUCAUACACAGCUGAGAGUGCCAUUGUCACUGCUUUUAUUACCUUCAUUCCCAAGUUCAUCGAGUCACAGUUUGGCAUCCCAGCUUCCAAUGCCAGCAUCUACACUGGUGUGAUUAUUGUCCCGAGUGCUGGUGUUGGUAUUGUCCUAGGCGGCUACAUUAUAAAAAAACUGAAACUCGGUGCAAGAGAGUCUGCAAAGUUGGCUAUGAUCUGCAGUGGUGUAUCUCUGCUGUGCUUUUCAACUCUCUUCAUUGUUGGAUGUGAAAGCAUUAAUCUAGGGGGAAUAAAUAUACCUUACACGACUGGUCCCACUCUUGCCAUGGCCCACAGGAAUCUGACUGGGAGCUGUAAUGUUAACUGUGGAUGUAAGAUUCAUGAGUACGAGCCUGUCUGUGGAUCAGAUGGAAUAACAUAUUUUAAUCCUUGCCUAGCUGGCUGCAUCAAUGGUGGAAACCAUAGCACAGGGGUAAGAAAUUACACAGAAUGUGCCUGUGUCCAGAGUCGCCAGGUGAUCACUCCGCCGACGGUGGGCCAGCGCAGUCAGCUCCGGCUGGUUAUUGUCAAAACCUACCUGAAUGAGAACGGCUACGCUGUUUCUGGGAAGUGUGAUCGAACCUGCAACACGCUUAUCCCAUUCCUGAUAUUCCUCUUCAUUGUUACCCUUAUAACAGCGUGUGCCCAGCCGUCAGCAAUCAUAGUGACACUCAGGUCUGUGGAAGAUGGGGAGCGGCCCUUUGCACUAGGAAUGCAGUUUGUUUUAUUACGAACUCUUGCUUACAUUCCCACUCCAAUUUAUUUUGGGGCUGUUAUUGACACCACGUGCAUGCUUUGGCAACAGGAUUGCGGCGUACAAGGAUCUUGUUGGGAAUACGACGUCACCUCGUUUCGUUUUGUCUACUUUGGGUUGGCAGCUGCUCUCAAGUUUGUGGGAUUCUUUUUUAUUUUCCUGGCCUGGUAUUCCAUUAAGUGUAAAGAAGAGCAACUGCAGAGACAGAGAUGGAGGGCUUCGCCGGUGAACACUGUGAGUGAGAUGGUUGGCCAAGCUGGACCCCAACAAAACUAUGCACGGACUAUAUCCUGCCCUACCUUCAGUUCCCGAGGAGACAUCAGUGUAGCACAAGGAAUGAACUGCGUAGCACAGACAUACCCCGGCCCUUUUUCAGAAGCAAUAAAUUCCUCAAAUGAAAAUGCAUUGGAAGAAGUCACUGCUGAGAUAUAGACCCCUGGCUUGGUAAUGUAAUAUUUAGUUCUGUUGGUUGACCUAAUUACGGCGCCUUGUAAAACACCUGUGCCUUCUAUUUUUAAUCUAAAUGUAACACGUGAUAAAACCAACAAAGCUUAAUGCAAACAACCAUAGUAUGUUCCUGAGGGCUGGAUACCUCAAACCAACCCAAGUUCUUAUUUCUCCCCUCCCGACCAUGGAGUUUUAAAAAUUGUGUUUGUAAUUAUUUCAAAUGUGUCCAUUAAAUGUCCAUGCUCUGAUCUAAUAUCAGUGUAAGGGUGAGGUAUUAUGAACAGCAGAAGUCAGUGGAAGAGUGACAAAAACUCAUAUCAUUGAUGUCUAGACGUCACAAAGAUGCUUAAAUGUAUCGUCAACUUCACAUCCACAAAUCAUAUUUUUAAGAGUUGAGUAAUUACUGUGAGUUCUGCUACAAAGCACAACUGAAGUUAAUUAAACUAUGCAACUUAUUUGGAUAAUUGUAUGUGCAGCAAAUUAAGUUUAAAGUUUGCUUUUAAAGACAUUACUGCAACUGAAUUUGAAAGGCGCUAUUUUCAGACAUAAGCAUUAAAUUAAAAAAGAACAUAAGGUUUAAAGUACUGUUAAUAACAUGUUAAGCCAUACAGAAGUUAUGAAUCAGGUAAUGUUUGCAAAUGUUGAGUCAUAAUACCUUUAUCCUGUGAAAAUGUACAUUAAUUUUCAUUUGAUGGGAUGUAGUCAUUCUUCACAAAGUACACAGGCUAGGAGAGUAUAAUGCUUGGAGUAAAAAACUUCAGUAUUAAUUUGUAAUAACAUUAAGAUGUAGAAAUCAAACACACAUAACAGAGCAGAUAUGUGCAUAUUUCUGUAAUGAUACAGACAGUUAUUUGGGUGGCCAUUGCUAGCGCCAAAUCCGUACUUUUCCUGAAGAAGAAAAUAACCAGUUAUAGCUUGAUAGGAAGAGCUUGGCUGUCCUUCAGAAACGCGUGCCAGUCUAGUUCAGCUUUGGUGAAAUAAUCUCCAGGGAGAGCUGAUGGCCUCAUUUCGUGUCUGAGCAGCCGCCUAGGACCCGGUGGGCCCCUCGCAGCCGGCGGCACGGGGCUCGGGUUGGUGCCACUCGCUACCUGCUGCAGGAGUGAGCAGAGACACCCUUCAAGUGGGCUGCAAGCAGCCUGCCCGCCGCAGUGCCUGGUUCGAGGCUUUCCCCUCCACUCCUGGCACUGCCAGGGUGCUGUGCUCCCCGCCACCGAGGACAACUGGGGAGGGGGUGCCGGCUCAGACACUGGGUCCCUCUCAUUUCUGCCCCACUUCUGCCUCUCCCGCUGCCCGGUGCUGGGCAGUGCUGGGCAGGCUGGUGGGACAGGCCUGGAGGUCCUAGUUGUAUGGUUUGUCCCACACGUGGCCACCUUUCCUUUUCUCAGCUUCAUUGAAAGCUUCUGUGAUGGCAAAGGGUGAGUCGUCUCUCCUUCGCCCUUCCAGGGGAAGAGCUAAGAAUAGAAAUUGUCUGCAAGCGUGGACCCACGGGACGUGAUGUGGCCUUUGCUUAUUCCAAAUUACUAGUGUGUUUUCUCCCCAGGAGAUGCUAAGACUUUCUAAUCAAGUGUACUUGGCAUUUCAUUUCUUGCUCUGGAGGCUUUGUGGUGCCAUGCUUAUGAUGUACUAAUGAUGUCUCAAAGGGCAGAGAAUGAUUUCAGGUGAACACUAGGAAGUCAAAGCUGUAUUUUGCCCUGCAGGGAAAGUCUUAGAAGUUUAGGAAAUUAAAAGUGGUCUUUUAAGAGGACUCAGUGAUAGUCAGGUUUGGAUUUUGCCACGUAGAGAGCUUGCGUGAAAAUAGAUGGGAAAGAGCAGAACUUCUACAUAUUUUUGAACAGAGUUACUCCUGGUUUAAUUUUUAAUUUAUAAUAUGUAAGGUGAUCAAACAUUAUAUGGAACCAAGUCCUUGAAAUUAAAGGUAGUACUCUCCUUGGCAUCCAUUGAGUUGUCCUGGGAAGAGCAGAUUUCCCUCUCCUCCUUUGCCGGCUGCCCUUCCUUGUCUCCUGGCUCAUCUUGACCGGCACAUGGGACUAGCCACGGGCCUGGUUCCCCUGCUUGAAAUGGUGGCUGCUUACUUCAGAAUGUCUCAGUCCAUUUAUGUGGCUUGUAACGAUUCCUCCUCUCUCUGUCUGCAAACUCAGAUGCUUCUACCCCAAACUACAACGUAGAGGAAUAUCGUUUUAAUCACCUCCUGCUAUUCUGGACAUAUUAAUAGCUUUUUGGGGUCAAGCCUGAGAAUUUUUUUUUCUCUUGUGCAGCCACCAGGUAGAAUACAUCCUCAGUCAGCAUGUGCCACCUGAGAUACUAGCUUCUACACUUCUCAUCCCGAGAAAUAAAUUUCCUUGGCUCAAAGGUAUUUGGUAUAUUUUUUUUUUGCCAUAGGAGAUCAGAAUAGAUGAUAAAAAUGUUUCCUUUUGCUCCGGUCUCAAAUGCUUCUUGCACCAGGAAUUUCCUGCCAUGGCAAAAAUCGAGGCAAAGUAGUAGGACAAAGUGUAAUUGCAGCCCAUCACCCAUCCAUUUUAAUCAUCACGGGGUGAGGUGAAGAACGACAAUCUUUUCAAAUACCUCAGAAACAGAGCAUUUAGGGAAUUGUAAAAGGCUGGAGAUGAACCAUUUAUCCUGAUCUUUUUCAUGCCUUGUGUGCACUUUGGUUCCAUGUGAAUAACAAGGGAGAGCAAAUGAGGCUUGUAGGAUUGUCGGGAGCUGGCACUGAUGGCAAAGAAUGAGAGUGAUAGAAGUGACACAUCUGCAACUGCUGCUGCUUCUGAGCUGAUUUCAAGGGAAUUCAGAGCUUGUUGGAAUGAAGAUCACCUGUUUUUUAGGAAAUCCUAACACUUCAACUUCUAAAAACAUUCAUUUUUAGAAACGUUUGAGAAACUGGAAUGUAGAAGGAAAGAUGUUCACUUUGGAAAUACUGAAAAGGCCUUGUUUACGUACUUUCAAUAGCCUUUUAAUUUUCCUUUCAAAAUUAUAUGCAAAACAAAAAGUAAUUUGUUACUUUUCAAACAAAUUUGUUAGCAUUUUUGGAUAUAGAUAAUUUUGACAAUAUGAAUAUAUUUCUACAAAAUCACUUAAUUAAAUCAGCAUUCUCUGAAAGAAGGAAAACCCAACCUCUGGCCAGUUUUUGAUUGAUUCCCGAAGGAGGCUUUAUUGUGAGUAAGCUAUAACAGACUAAACUAAGCCAAUAAAGGCACGCAGGGGAAACACAUUAACUUCCUAGAGAAGUCAAUUCCAACAUUGUCAGCGUUGACUGAAAUACAGACUGAGACCUGCUGAACAAACACUAUUUUCUGAGGUUGUCAUUGCUGAAGGAAGCAGAAUCGCCAGAGAAAUUGUGUGCAUCCCUAGCAGUAGUCAUGAGCGACGUGUGGUGCUAAACUGACUCACAAGAAGAAAAAAGGAGCUUUAUCUGUCACCCGGUGAGGGUGGCCAUGCUGUCUUCCUGCUGUGAAAUCCUCUGACCAUAAAAUAUAAAAUUCCAUUAACUUGUAAUUUCUGCCACCUUCCCUCUCUACCCCCGAACACUAAAGGCUGGAUAGCAGCGAGUACAAGAAAAUGUAAAGCAGGGGUCCUGCUCACCCACAGGCUGCUAUCGGUAGCAAACCCAAGUCAUCUACCUGCCGUUAACCAGCCAGGGAUAAUACGGAGCAACAACACCCGGCGAUUAUUUACAAGUCCACCAAGUGCCAUCACAAGGGCAGAUUAAUUUCCUCUUGCACCACUUAUUCCUGAUUUAGAGUGAGGGACAUAAGAGGAGAAGUAGCCCCGAUAUAUGGACUUGACUGAACAGGUAAUCGUCCCUGCUUAGCCUCCCUUUCAUCCUUGUUUCCUCAAAAAGGGGAAAAUUUCAGAAAGGGCGUAGCCAUGGCCUUGGGUGCUUAUGAGUGCAGCACCCUCAGGAGAUGGUUUGUAGAGCUUUAGGGGGCUGGAAUAUCUGGAGAGUGGGACUCUCCGUAUUUCCAGUUCUAGGCAAAAGCCCUGUGGUUGUGGUCCCCCUUCUUCCCCAUGAGCAUACUGGAUAUAAUAUGGUAUAAUUUGGAACUGGUGGCGUUUUAUAUACUUUCAGUACAGUGUGAGCAGCUGCAAGAAACAUGUUGAAUAUUAUAGUGCAAUUUAUAUUUAAUUGGAAACUUUCAGUUCUUUGACCAGCCAUUGUAUCUUUAAAAGUGCAUGUAGUAACAUGCAGUUCCUCAGAACUUGCGGUUCUGUAAGUGAAUAGGGGCACAAAUCUCCUCCUAGGUAUUAGAAAUGUAAGUUUGAAAGGCCCUAAAUUAGUUACAAACAAUUGAGUGCAGUGUUUUCAAAAAUCUGUUUUCUUUUUUUUUUUAAAUAUAGCUUAUUAAUUCAUAGCGUUAACCACUCAUUAUGGCUCUGAUCCAGCAGAACACUUAAAUAUGUGUGUAAGUUUAUACACCUAAGUAAUGCAAUUAAAAAUAACGCAUGUCUGUAAGUAUUGGACUGAAUCCCAUCUGCAUUCAAAAAGGAGUUCCUUUACCCAAAGAGUAAUUUCCGUGCUGAGUUUUUUUCCCCCAUGGAUUCAGUGAUCAUUGUAAGCAGAAUAGCACAAAGCAGCACUCGAGAACUCCCCUGUGGCAUUCACAUGUGGCUACUUAUAUAUCUGGCAAUGGAGGAAAGCUUUCAUUUUCAAAUAGAAUUCAAAUUCAAAAUAUUUUGUGGACAUGCUCAAAGACACAUUUUAGCUCUUCCUGCCAUUCACUUAUUUUAUGAAUUUCUGGCUGAAAAUAUGUGCGUUACGUGGGGAGGUAGAUUAAAUAAGGGCGUCUUUCUGACCUUGAAGCCAAUGAAAUUGCUCAAGUAAUGCUGUAGGUUCGGAUUGUGCCCUUUCACAGAAUUUGGACCUAGAGGUUCAGAUGACAAAUUUUCCCACGCAAACAGAGCAGAGCGCUGCCUGCUCUAUGUAACUCCAGACAGCAUGGCUGAGAGAGGGGUCAGCACCUUCUGUACUGUUCUUGCGGGUUUUCCCCCUAAAUGCCUGAAUUAUUGCUGCCUUACUACACUUUCUGUGUGUGUAAUACCACAGCUCUUUGAAGUGUUAUAUUGACAUAAAACUGAUGAUAAAUAGGUCCAAAGUGUCUUACUGCUAUUUUGCAGCCAGAUUCUCAGCCUCAUCAGUCCGAUGAUGAGGCUGAAAAACUGGGCCAGUACCUUGGGUUGGACGUUAACAAGCUGGCGCUUUAGCAAGCAUGUGUGAACUAAGUGAUAUCAAGUGCUUGUUUAGCUUUUAUACUCUGUUCACUGGUUACUACUACUGUUUUCAGAGAUCAAAGACAAAAUACUUUCUAAACAAGUUUAUCUUUUUCUGUUUUCUCAAUAAUGUGUCUUUUAUAAUGGCAUAGGAGAUGCCAUGCUGCAUGCUGCAGUGUCUGCAUUCCCCCAGCUGAAGCCAUCCAGCUGUGGUUGCUUUCCAGGGGCUUAAAACACCUGGUAACAGAGAUUUACCUGGACUGAAUCUGAAUUGGCAUUGCUUUAGACAGAGUGUUUGCCCCUUGUAGGUUAAACCUGUACCAACACAUUUCGGGUUCUUCACAUAUUGGACUUGAUUUUAUAGACAUUUUUAUCCUUUAGAGUGCUUAGAAGAUGGACAGUCGACAUCAUGUGGUAGAUUAAUUCUUUGGUAUAGAAUUGGGCUUUCUUUUUUUCUUAUAACAUCUUGUUUUACAAAUAACAAUUCAAAAAAGUUACAUGUAAACAUCGUCACAGAGUAGAGAUGUGGAGCCUUCAGCGUGGGGGCUAGGUAUCGCCAGGGUUCACAUGGUUCAUCUUCUUUACACUGAAUAUCACUAAUACAUGUUAUUAUGUGGCCAAAGGUUUGAAAGCCUACCUGAUCCUCAGGAAGGAAAUUUUCCCUAUCCUUUCCACAGAAUAUAUUACAUAAGUUAAGGAGGACAGCUAACACUAUCCAUAUCCCGUAGCCAUAUCCAUUACAUUAACUACAGUUAAUAACUGUAGUUUUUAGCAACCCCCCUCCAGUCCUUCAGAUAAGCUAUUUUCUUUUGACUUAAUACAGCCUUUUAAACACAGACGUAGCUCUGCAAGUUCGAAGCAGCUCCAAGCUUUUCUUGGUUUCAAGUGUUACGAAAUAGAUGCUUAUUUAUUCAGGUUCCAUUCUACUCUUCUAAUCAUUACAUUAUCCGUUGUGUGUACUGUAUUUUCUUAUUUUUUCUAUCUCAAACCAGUUGUCACAACGUUAUCCUGUAACAACGUUUUGUUCAUGAUACAGAAUAGGUGAAAAGCUGUGGAAUUCAUGAAGGGCUACAAAAAGCAUCCAAAACAUUGUUCACCUCGAGGGAGGGUGAGACAGCUUGAUAAUCUUUGGACAAAUGACUAAACAACACUGUGGUGCUAAUAGGUACUGAAGUAUUUUAUGAUGUAUUCACUAUGACUUAAAUGACAUAUUCAAGGCAUGUCAAUGAUACAACUGCAUGUGUUUUUGUUCUUAAAGUCUGGACAGCUCCAGCAAAGACAGUGUUUGUAAUUCCUGGUGGGCCAAUUCCUACCUAGCUCUUCUGUGGGAAAGUAAUUUCAGGAGGCAGUACAGGAUUUGGCCCAAUGCUAACAGCUAAGGUAAAAGCUACACAGACCACACAGACCACAGAAAUCUCAUGUAGGAUGUAUUCAUCCUGCUGUAGAGUCUUACUUUAUUUAGUGGCUAUGCUUAAGCAGAGGCUGAAAAUAAAUUCUAUAGUAAUGACAAGAAACACUGGGCUAAAUUCUGGGACCCCUUAACCAAGCAGCGUCAGUAAGCGUUUGAAUUAAAUGGAGGAUUCAGAUCUGAAAUACUAAUGUUCUUCCGUGGAAUACCAGAAAAAGAAGGGUAGAAUAAGAGCAAGUUCUAGCUCUAGCAAUGGAAAAAGGCCAAAUCUGGUCAACUUUAAAGUGAGCAACAAUUUAAAACAGAGGGGUUUGGUUUUAAAAUCCUGAAGACAAAAUUUUUCCCUUCCAUUUUGAAUUCUGAAAGGUAAUUAUUUUGAGUUAUUGUGCCUGGACUGCUCAUGCAGAGAAGGCAUCUAUAUCCUAAAUAGCACUAAGAGGUACACCUCCGACUGAUAGGUCAGAAAUUUUACCUCUUUAACAAAUUCCGUAUUUGAAAACAUGGAGGGAAUUUUCAAAACAAACCAAAAAAAUGUACAAAAUCAUCCGGAACUGAGUUUUGGUACCAAAAAAAAAAGAAUUUGGAGUCAGUGUGAUCCAUGGUUGAGUGAAGACGUUCCUCAAAGACGACCUGCUCUUUUCCCCAGUCGAGCUAACGGGAGCUUUGCCCUUGGCUGCAGUGCAUACCUCUACCAAACGAUUUAGGCAGAAGAGCAACAGAAUAGUCUGGGUAGUAUGUUAGGAGCAUGGAGUGGGCACACUGCCUGUAACUGUUUAGUUUUUAAAAAACUCAUUAUUAAGCAAAUGUGUAGAGUAUUAAGGAAAUCUGUAGAGUAUGUCUGACUGUAUGAGUGUGUGGGUGCUGUGCUGUGGUAAAAAGAGACUAAUUGGUUUAUGCGGUUUGUUUUGCAUACUUUAGCCUCCUGUAUGGGGUUUUUUAAUUGAUAUUUAUUUCUCGGCAGAGCUUAGAAUAAUUUUAAAGCUGUGUAACACAUCAUUUAAUGAAAUCUAUUGUCAGCAUCUGUUGUAAACAUGUGUUUACAAAGCAAACUCUUGAAUACUUGAUAUUUGGAAAUAAAAAAUAGCAUAUCAA